AUGUCGAACUACGAGGAUGCAGCUGGAGAGAAGGAUCUCGAGAAAUACAAUAAUAACGAACGCGUCGAUGCGCUUGAAGACUACUUCGAUCCAGUUGCAACGAAGGCCCUGGUGUGGAAACAAGAUCUGCGGAUCGUUCCUCUGGCGGCGGCCAUCUACCUUCUCUGUUACUUAGAUCGAAGCAAUAUUGGCAAUGCGAAGACACUCAACGCUAGUCAAAAUGAAUCCCUCCUACAGUUGACGCAUAUGACCAAUUAUCAGUACACGAUUGCUCUAAUGGUCUUUCUCGUCGCAUAUGCCGUCUUCGAAGUUCCGUCAAAUUACUUCCUCAAAAAAUGUAAGCCCAGCCGAUGGAUUGCCUUCCUCAUGUUCUCAUGGGGGGCAUGUACAAUUGGCCUCGGAGGCGCCCAAAACUAUGCUACUGUCACCGCCGUGCGUUUCCUCCUCGGCAUGUUCGAAGCUGGUCUUUUUCCUGGCCUAGUCUACUACCUUACAUUCUGGUACCGAGCGAAGGAGCGAUCGAUGCGUGUUGCAAUCAUUCUCGCUUCAGCAACGCUAGCAGGCGCUUUCGGAGGCGCGAUUGCGUAUGGCGUGGGUCAUAUGAAGUUGGUUUCAGGCCUUGCUUCAUGGCGGUGGCUCUUCAUCCUGGAAGGCAUACCGUCGUGCGCUUCCUCCGUGGCGGUCUGGUUCUUCUUGCCUGAUUAUCCCGAGGAAGCGAAAUGGCUCACCACUGCUGAGCGUGAACUCGCCGUCGCGCGUCUCGAAAAGGAAGGCUCAAAGGGCGAUGCUCCGUCUUUGACGUGGGAGACUGCGAAAGAAACAAUACUUGAUGCUCGUCUCUGGAUUCACUACAUCAUUUACUUCGGCAUCUCGGCGCCUUUCAGUUCACUCUCGCUUUUCACUCCAACCAUCACAGCAGGCUUAGGGUACGAAAAUCUGCAGGCACAGCUUAUGACUAUUCCACCAUACGCCGUUGCUUACGUUGUGAGUAUUGUCACCGCCUGGUCAUCUGAUCACUUCAACGCGCGCGCUCUGCACUCCGCUGUCCUCUCCACCAUCGGCGCUGUCGGGUUCCUCGCAUCCGCCGUCCUUCCUGCAGACAGCUACCACGCCCGCUACGGCUGCCUAAUCGUCGCAGCCAGUGGCGCUUUCUCUUGUAUCCCUCCGCUGCUAGGUUGGCUGAGCAGCAACAUGCACACCACAGCAGCUGCUGGGCUUGCAAUCGCCUUGAACGUGUCGUGGGGAGCACCGGGUCAGAUCGUUGGUGUGUGGAUUUAUAAGGCUGAUGAGAAAGAGAAGGGAUAUCCCACGGGGCACUGGACGAACUUCGCGAUGCUGCUCAUGGUCGCUGUUGGGUGCGUUGGAAUGAGGUUCUAUUACCAGUGGAGGAACAAGAAGAUUCGGAGCCUAGGACCUGAUGCAUCAGGUGUAAUGAGGGAGUUCAGCUACUGA